AAGGAAAGCAUAUAGAAUAAGCACGGCAAAAAAGAACAUAAAUAGAAAAGAAAAACGACGCGUAGUCUACGUCGGAUAAUAAAGAACGGCCCACAAGUUAAGUAGUCCAAGUCAUCUCUAUCAGAUUCUUCUUCAUUCAUCUUCUUCUUCACGCGGUAUUCUUUUAUACCCACCAACUCAACAACAACACACACAUACAAAUCUCUUCAAAACCGAUCAGAUCAAACGAAUCAAAUUCUCUAUCCAAUCGAAUCCAAAUUUCCCGUUGAUUUUUCUCUCUCUCUCUGUUUCUCUCUACUCGUCGUACUCGACACUGUUUGUAUCAGAAAAACCCUCAGUAAAGGUGUGAGAUGUUGCGAGCUUUAGCACGGCCUCUGGAACGGUGUUUGGGAAGUAGAGCUAGUGGUGAUGGUUUACUCUGGCAAUCGGAAUUAAGACCUCAUGCCGGUGGUGAUUAUUCGAUUGCGGUGGUUCAAGCUAAUUCCAGGUUAGAAGAUCAGAGUCAGGUGUUCACUUCUUCUUCCGCUACUUACGUCGGUGUUUACGAUGGCCAUGGCGGUCCUGAAGCUUCUAGAUUCGUUAACAGACACCUCUUUCCUUAUAUGCACAAAUUUGCAAGAGAACAUGGGGGACUAUCUGUAGAUGUUAUUAAAAAAGCGUUUAAAGAAACUGAAGAGGAGUUUUGUCAUAUGGUUAAACGAUCUCUUCCUAUGAAACCUCAAAUGGCUACUGUAGGAUCUUGUUGUCUCGUUGGUGCUAUCUCUAAUGAUACUCUGUAUGUUGCGAAUCUUGGAGACUCUAGAGCUGUUCUUGGGAGUGUUGUUCCAGGAGAUGUUAGUGAUAAAAAGAGUGCAGUAGCUGAAAGGUUAUCUACUGAUCAUAAUGUUGCUGUUGAAGAAGUUAGAAAAGAGGUUAAGGCACUUAACCCCGAUGAUUCACAAAUCGUUAUUUACACUCGUGGAGUUUGGAGGAUUAAAGGCAUUAUUCAGGUAUCGAGAUCAAUUGGGGAUGUAUACUUGAAGAAACCGGAGUUUUACAGGGAUCCUAUAUUCCAGCAACAUGGAACUCCUAUUCCUUUGAGGAGACCAGCAAUGACAGCCGAACCCUCCAUUAUAGUAAGGAAGCUUAAGCCACAGGACUUGUUUCUGAUAUUUGCAUCAGAUGGUCUCUGGGAACAUCUUAGUGAUGAAGCAGCCGUAGAAAUCGUCGUCAAGCACCCAAGAAAUGGGAUUGCACGGAGACUUGUUAGAGCAGCUCUGGAAGAAGCAGCAAAGAAGAGAGAAAUGAGGUAUGGAGAUAUAAAGAAGAUUGCAAGAGGAAUUCGACGACAUUUCCAUGACGACAUAAGCGUAGUUGUUGUAUAUCUCGACCAGCAUAAAUCCUCUACUUCAUCGAAUGUUAAAUUGGUACAGCAAGGAGGCAUCACAGCUCCACCUGACAUCUACUCGUUACACGCUGAUGAAGCAGAACAACGAAGAUUACUCAAUGUGUUAUACUGACUUCUUUUGAUUUUUAUGGUAAAAAAAAACUAAAAAAUGGUUUGCUUGGGAAAGAUCCUAAUAGGGAGAAAACAACUUGUUUACACAUUUGUUUAUUUGUUUUUUACUACAAAAAAUUGUUUUUUUUUGUUACUUAAAUAUUGGAGUUGGAUUUGUAUAUUCUUUUACCAGCAAAGAAGAAAACGAAACCCUUUUCUUUUGGGGCA